AUGUCCGUUCUCAAACGUUACUCUUCAGAUUCCUUAGAUUCACAAUAUAAAGAAAAUUGUGAAGAUUUUGUCUCAUCAUGGAAUAGAGCUCUUUGGAUGACUUUUCCCCCAAAAAUGUCAAAUUUGAUCAGUCCAAGUGGCAGGCGGUGUCAGGUGGCUUUUGCCAAAAUUCAAGGUGUUCUGCAACUUCAUCUUUUGAUUACAAAACGCGAUCUGUAUCUUGCAACUGUUGUAGCUACAGAUGCUUUUAGCUACGGUCUUGAAGUGGUUAUUUCUUGUCGAUUUUAA